AUGGUUACAUACCCUGGCACUAACCCUCUCUCCCCUCUCUCUCUCCCCUCUCCCCCCUCUCUCUCUCCCCUCUCCCCCCUCUCUCUCUCCCCUCUCCCCCCUCUCUCUCUCCCCUCUCCCCCCUCUCUCUCUCCCCUCUCCCCCCUCUCUCUCUCCCCUCUCCCCCCUCUCUCUCUCCCCUCUCUCUCCCCCUCUCUCUCUCUCCCUCUCUCUCUCCCCUCUCUCUCCCCUCCCUCUCUCCCCUCCCUCUCUCUCCCCUCUCUCCCCUCUCUCUCUCCUCCCUCUCUCCCCUCUCUCUCCCCUCCCUCUCUCUCCCCUCUCUCUCCCCUCCCUCUCUCCCCUCCCUCUCUCUCCCCUCCCUCUCUCCCCUCUCUCUUCCCCCUCUCUCUCUCCCCUCCCUCUCUCCCCUCUCUCUCCCCCCUCUCUCUCUCCCCUCCCUCUCUCCCCUCUCUCUCCCCCCUCUCUCUCUCCCCUCCCUCUCCCCUCUCUCUCUCCCCUCCCUCUCUCCCCUCUCUCUCCCCCCUCCCUCUCUCCCCUCCAUCUCUCCCCUCUCUCCCCCCUCUCUCUCUCCCCUCCCUCUCUCCCCUCUCUCUCCCCCCUCUCUCUCUCCCCUCCCUCUCCCCUCUCUCUCUCCCCUCCCUCUCUCCCCUCUCUCUCCCCCCUCCCUCUCUCCCCUCCAUCUCUCCCCUCUCUCCCCCCUGUCUCUCUCCCCUCCCUCUCUCCCCCCUCCCUCUCUCCCCUCCCUCUCUCCCCCCUCCCUCUCUCCCCUCCAUCUCUCCCCUCUCUCUCCCCCCUCCCUCUCUCCCCUCCAUCUCUCCCAUCUCUCUCCCCUCCCUCUCUCCCCUCUCUCCCCCAUCUCUCUCUCCCCUCCCUCUCCCCCUCUCUCUCCCCCCUCCCUCUCUCCCCUCCAUCUCUCCCCUCUCUCCCCCCUCUCUCUCUCCCCUCUCUCCCCCAUCUCUCUCUCCCCUCCUUCUCUCCCCUCUCUCCCCUCUCUCUCUCCCCUCCCUCUCUCUCCCCUCUCUCUCCCCUCUCUCCCCCAUCUCUCUCUCCCCCCUCCCUCUCUCCCCUCUCUCUCCCCCCUCCCUCUCUCCCCUCCAUCUCUCCCCUCUCUCCCCCCUCUCUCUCUCCCCUCUCUCCCCCAUCUCUCUCUCCCCCUUCUCUCCCCUCUCUCCCCUCUCUCUCUCCCCUCCCUCUCUCUCUCCUCUCUCUCUCCCUCUCUCUCCCCUCUCUCUCCCCUCUCUCCCCCUCCUCUCUCUACCCUCGCUCUCUCCUCUCUCUCCCCUCCCUCUCCCCCCUCCCUCUCUCCCCUCUCUCCCCUCCCUCCCCCCUCAGGCGGGGCAGACGCAGCUGCAGCAGUGGUACAUAGCGCAGGUGCUUCAGGACCCCGGGUCAGACGAGCCGGGCUCAGGCAGUGGAGAGGACGACCGAGGGUCCUCGCAGGACGAUGACAUCAUCAACACCAACAACUCCAUCAACUCCAUCAACGAGGGCGACUUCCAGAGCGGCGAGGACAGUCUGAUCGCCAACGAGGUCCGCCACUGA